AUGUCAACAGCAGUAAUCGAAAUCCACACUCCAACGAGGCAUAUAAGAAACCAAGUACUGGACACUGUGGAAAACCGAGUAAACCUAAAAAAAAAACUGAGGAAAGACAGGAUGAGUGUGGUGGUACCAAACGUCCUAAUGUGUCUUCUCGGAUUACAAACAAUUCAAGAAAUGGUGCUAGUGACAAACACCAACAACAAGAUUAUUGCCGCUGUGCACAAACAACUUGGAGAUCUCGGUAAAGCGUCUCUCAAAGUUAAUUCGGAAACACCCGCAAAGACAUUGCCGUGUCGUAAAAUACCGAUCGCAAUACAGGAUGAUGUAAAACGUGAACUUGAUUCACUAGUAACGCGUGGAGUUCUCGUAUCCGUCACUGAACCAACCCCAUGGGGAAGUCAAAUGGCGGUUGUACAUAAGUCUCAUGGGAAAUUGCGUAUCUGCAUAGACCCGCAACCGCUCAAUACCGCAUUGACGCGGGAACAUUUUAAACUUCCUACAUUGGAUGAUGUGCUUCCAAAACUAAGCAAUACUAGAUGUUUCAGCAAAUUAGACGUGAAGGAGCCAUACUGGCAGGUGAAACUCGACGCGGAAAUAAUGAUAAGAUGCCAAUUGCGACAAUGA